AUGACUGAUCUUUUAUCUACCUAUCGCGGAUAUGGUGUUGAAGAGUUACCAACACCAAGUUUUUUAAUUGUGGAAGACAAGUUUGACAAAAACUGCAGGCACAUGCUUGAACGUGUCAAAGAGCUAGAAAGAGAAACAAAAGUUCCAAUUAAAUUCCGUGCUCAUAUAAAGACUCAUAAAACCGCUAAAGGAACCUUGAAGCAAUUAGGAGUAGGUCUAAUUGAAAACCCUAAAGAUUCAAUUGUAGUGUCCACAAUAAAGGAGGCCACUGAACUAUUAAAUUAUCAAGAUAAAAUAGGUAAGCAAUACGUUAAAGAUAUCUGUUUUGGAUUACCUGCAUGUGUUCCUGGAAUUAUAGACCAACUAAACACAUUAUCUGGUCGUGUACAAAACCUUCGAAUUUUUGUAGAUAACGUCGAACAUUUGGAUAACUUGGUGAAAUUUGGUAGAAGUACGAAUGAUAAAAAAUGGUCAAUCUUUGUCAAAGUUGAUAUGGGUACCCAUAGAGCAGGUUUACCAACUGAAUCGGAGGACUUCCUUGAAUUAUUGAAGAAGCUAAUAACUCCAGAAGUAGCAGAGGUUGCGGAUUUAUAUGGAUUUUACGCCCACGCUGGUCAUAGUUAUAAUGUAACUAAUAUUUUGGAUGCACACGAACUAUUACUUUAUGAGAUUAAGGCUGUCAAUGAGGCUGCCAAAAUGUUUACAAGGUUAAAUCCAAAAGCUAAUGCAAGAAAUCUGACUCUAUCAGUGGGUGCUACACCAACUUCAAAUUCAUUAAGAGUCAGGGAUGAUUUAGAGAUCAAUGAAUAUAUUAAAGAUAAAUUAGUUGGCACUUUGGAGAUACAUUGUGGUAACUAUUGUUUAUACGAUUUACAACAACUUUCAACUAAUUGCAUCAACGAUUUUGAAUGUUCGGGCUAUGUGCUUGGUACGAUUCUGUCAUCUUAUAAGGAAAGACACGAAAUGUUAACAAACACAGGUGUCAUGGUAUUAACUAGAGAGUCAUCCAAAUUCAACGGGAAUGGUUUAUGCGUCCCUAUUAAUUCUAUCCUUAAAGAUGAGUCUUAUAAGAUUGAGUGGUACGUAGAUAGAAUUUCUCAGGAACAUGGUAUACUAAGACAACACGCUGAUAAAGACGAAAGGGAACAUCCAAAAGAUGCAGCACCUUUAAAUCCUUUGCUAAAGUUAGGACAGAAAAUUGCAAUCAUACCACAACAUGCUUGCAUUGUAAUGGGUCAGUUCCCACAUUAUUUUGUCCUUGACAAAGAUAACAAGGUGUCAGAUGUUUGGACACCUUUCCAAAAAUGGUAA